AUGGCGCCCAAAAAAUCCAACAAAGAUCCCGAUUCGAAACAGUCAGAGAAGCCUAUUAAAUCAAGGACACCUCUUGCACGAUUGGCUAAGGAGGAUAUCGAGUGUAUCAUGUAUGCCAAAGCCUUGAAGGGCGGAUCUAAAAAAGUUUCGGAGUGGUAUAGAAUUGGUGCCCAAAGAUGCAUUAAAAUUUGGAAAUCUGAAGACCCAUACUCAUACGCUAACUCAAUCGGCGAACCUAACUUGCCUGAAUGGUACCCCACUAAUACCAAAAUCAAGAAGGCAGAAUCAAUGCCAGAACCAGCAUCCCAAGAAAUAGAUAUACCCGAGGAACCCAAGCCAGAUCCAAUCAAGGAAAAGCGGAAAAGAAAACAGACGGAAAUGGAACGAAUUGCGAAAAAUAUUUUUAGAUCAGAAUUGGGUAAGCUGGUACAAGCCGAUGACUAA